GCCAAUCAAAGCAAUUUUACAUAGAACUCCACCGCCAAUGGGUAAGCUUGGCGCGAGAUUCCGAGCGCGCGCUGCAGUAUAGUUUAUUGGUUUGGCGCGCUGGGAGCCAGUCUUCUCACGGAGCUCAGAGAGGAGUUUUCGGCUGGCGCUUUACUAACAUCUGAAGUCUAUUCCCGGCAAUAUAAUCGACGCAGCAGCAGAAGCCAUGCCAAGCACCAGAUCGCAGUCUCAGAGCUCCAUUCAGUUUCCGAAGAAGAAAACUGCGAAGACGCAGGUUAAAGAUGCAUCGCGUGUGAAGGCCAAGUCAGAGUCUGUCGCAAUCUCCCCCCAUCCCAAGGAGCUGCCCCUCAGCCCUAGAAAGAGGCUUGGUGAUGAUAACCGUUGCAACAUCCCUCAACGUUCUCAGUGCUCUCCACCCAAGCAAAGCUGCAAUGAGAACCGAGCUGCUAGUCCUCCUAAAGGAAGACGUUUGCUGUUUGAUGAGAACCAGGCUUUGACAUUACCGAUUUCUCCACUCAAGAAGGAUCAGGAUUCCAAAUUGUCCUCCCCUAUGAGGAGAGGCCAAGAAACACCAUCCAGCUCCAGUAACCGUGGGUUGCAAGAAAGGAAGAGUGUGUGUACCCAGCUCUUCAAGCCAGAAAGCUCUUGCUACCAGCUUGCCAAGCAAGCCCUAAACACUGCCAUUCCAGAGCGUCUUCUGGCUCGGGAGAAGGAGACAAGUGUUAUUCAGACCUUCCUGAAGGAUCAUGUAGUUGGAGAAAAGCCUGGGAGCUUGUAUAUCUCUGGAGCUCCGGGAACCGGUAAAACGGCCUGCCUCAACAAACUGCUCCAAGAAAAUAAGGAUUUGAAGGAUUGCAAGACUGUUUAUAUCAACUGCAUGUCCUUGCGCAGCUCCCAGGCUGUCUUUCCAGCUAUAGCUGAAGAAAUAUCAGAGAACGGAAAACCUCCUGCGGGGAAAGACCUUAUCAGAGGUCUGGAGAAGUUGGUGACUUCAAAAGGACCCAUCAUCCUCCUGGUGUUGGAUGAGAUGGAUCAGCUGGACAGUAAAGGGCAGGAUGUUCUCUACACAGUAUUUGAGUGGCCAUGGCUCCCCAAUUCAAGGGUUGUCCUCAUUGGUAUCGCAAAUGCUCUGGAUUUAACGGACCGGAUCCUGCCCAGACUUCAGACUCGUCCUCAUUGUAGACCUAAGUUGUUGAAUUUCUCUCCUUACAGCAAGGACCAAAUUGCUACAAUCCUACAGGACCGACUAAAGCAGGUUUCAGACAAUCCGGUUCUGGAUAAUGCUGCAAUUCAGUUUUGUGCCCGCAAAGUGUCUGCUGUUUCUGGUGAUGCACGAAAAGCGCUGGACAUCUGCAGGAGGGCUGUUGAAAUUGUGGAGUCAGAUGUGAAGAGCCAGACUGUCCUGAAACCCCUUUCUGAAUGCCGAUCCCCUAGCAAAGAGAUUUCCUCUCCUGUUCCAAAGAAAGUCAGCCUACCCCACAUCUCCCGUGUUAUCUCGGACGUUUAUGGAGACAAAAUGGCAGCAGGUGGCGGAUCAAGCGAAUCCUUUCCCUUGCAGCAGAAACUGGUGGUGUGUUCACUUCUGCUUCUUACCCAGCAAAGCAAGAUCAAGGAGGUCACACUGGGCAAGUUACACGAGGGAUACAGUAAAGUGUGUCGCAAGCAGCAAAUGCCAGCGGUUGGCCAAUCAGAAUGCUUGUCACUCUGCCAGCUCCUGGAAUCAAGAGGCAUAUUGGGUCUAAAGAAAGCCAAGGAGGCACGGCUUGCUAAGGUAUCCCUUAAGAUAGAGGAAAGGGAUAUUGAGCACGCGUUCAAGGAUAAAGUGCUGAUUGGGAAUGUUCUGCACGCUGGUCUUUAACGCUCACUUCUGACAAAGUCAACUGUAAAUUUUUGUAUGAUUAAUUUUAUUCUAUAUCUCAGUGACUAUGGAGCUGAGAUUUUUAUGACACAGGCCAAGCGUAUGCUUGAGGAGCUCUGCCAUGUCAGCUGUAUAGUUUUUAUUUGUUUUCUUUUUUACAAAACAGAAUUUUUAUGGACUGCAUUUUUAAGGGUGAAAUCUCGUGCCACCCUAUGUGUAUAUAGUAAAGCCGGUGAUGAAAGGGCUCUGUUUGCUGCGACCUGCAGCGGAUGUUAUCGUAUUGGUAUCUGUAAGGUACGGUUUAGAUUUUAGACGUGGAGUUUAUGUACUCUGAGCAUUUUUACACCAAACAUCUUAAUAAACAUUGAAAUCUUAAA